AUGCUUGCCUGGACCCUCUCGCUCAUGACAGAAACCACGGCCGGCUGUGGCUCAGCGCCCUCCCUCUACACUGGCACGCACAGCCUGACUAUCAACACCACGCAGCAAGAGCGCACCUACAUCCUCCAGCUUCCCGUCGACUACGACGCCAACACGCCGCAUGCUCUCUUCUUCGGCUUCCACUGGCUGCACGGCACGCAGGAAGACGUCUACGCCAACAGCUGGUACGGGCUGCACCGCCACCAUCUUCGUCGCCCCGCAAGCCAUCGACAACGGCUGGCCCAACCCGAACGGCACCGACGUCGCCUUUGUCGACGCCCUGCUCUCGACGCUCUCCUCGACGCUCUGCCUCUCGACGCCCCACGUCUACGCUCUCGGCUUCAGCUACGGCGCCAGCAUGUCGCGCGCGCUGGCCUGCGCCCGUCCGCGCACCUUCCGCGCCGUCGCCGCGCUCUCGGCCGGGCCUUCAGCGGGUGUGACUACGUCGGCGACGCCCCCAUCGGCUUCCUCGGCCAGCACGGCGUCAACGACACGGUCAUCCCCAUCGCCUCCGGCCGCGGGAUCAGGGACAUGUUUGUGCGCAGCAACGGCUGCGGGGUGCCGCCGCAGGAGCCUCCCGCGCCCGAGCCGCUCAGCCUCAGCUGGAACAAGACCGUUUACGACGGCUGCAAGCCCGGCUGUCCCGUCUGGUGGAUCGCGCACGGUGGCGGUCAUGUCGCGUUGCCGGAUGGUGGGGCUGGGGGUUGUCCUUUGCUCCAGCGCAGAUUUGGGACUUCUUUUCGCAGUUUAAGUAGUGCGUGA